CUGGAGGGCCGGGGGGUGCAGCUGGAUCUCUGCCCCCCUGCCCACCACCGGCCCCUGCUGGCAGGAACCCGGCGUGCCCCACGGCAGUCCCUGCGGGCCAGGGGCAGCAUGGCCGCCCCAGGCCACCCCAGCUAUGUGCGAGAAUUCACGCGUCACUCCAGCGAUGUCAUCGAUGUGCUCCUGAACCUCGACGAGUUGCGCAGGCGCCACGUGCUCACCGACGUCACCUUGCGGGUGGGGGGACGCCCCCUGCAGGCCCACAAGGCGGUGCUCACCGCCUGCAGCGGCUUCUUCUACUCCAUCUUCCUGGGCCAGGGGGGCCACGAGGUGAGCGUUCUCACCCUGCCCAGCUCCAUCGAGCCUGCUGGAUUCCAGGCACUCCUCGACUUCAUGUACACCUCCCGCCUGCUCCUCACCCCGGGCACCGUGCCCGCCGUCCUGGCAGCCGCCUCCUACCUGCAGAUGGAACACGUGGUAGAAAGCUGCCAUCGCUUCAUCCAAGCCAGCUACGACCGCGUGCCCUUCCUCUUAGCUCCCCCGGCUCCCAGCUUCCUCCCCCUGGGCAACGAAGAGGUCUCCGCCGCUGCUGCUGCAGUGCAGUUCCUGAGCCCGGUGCCAGGCCCGCCGUCCGACCCCUGCUUCCCCCCCAAGGACAAAGAGCCGGGCUCGGGGCUGUCCUCUCUGGGAGCUGCGGGUCAGUCUCCUCCCGGCCGACCGGCCUCCCCCCACGGGUCCAGCCGCUGCGUCCCCGCCACCCCCGACCCCAAAGCCUGCAACUGGAAGAAGUACCGCUUCAUCGUGCUGAACUCCCUGCAGCGAGACUCGGCCGGUGGCCUCCCGGACUCCCCGGGGGGCCCAGCUCCACGCAGGAUGCCUCCAGCACAGACCCGUCGCUGCCCCAUCUGUGACCAGCCACCCCCGCUGCUCUGCUCCCAUUCUCGAGAAGAUGUUUCUGGGGGGGCGGCAGAAGCCUUCGGGAUAGGGUACCAGGACGAGGAGGAGGAGGAGGAGGAGGAAGAAGGAGGGAGCGUCCCGGCCCAACCCCCCUCUGAGGAAAAGCCUUACAAAUGCCAUUUCUGCAACUCUGCUUUCCGAUACAAGGGGAACCUGGCAAGCCACAGGUCCCUACAUACGGGGGAGAAACCUUAUCGCUGCAGGAUUUGCGGGGCCCAGUUCAACCGGCCAGCCAACCUCAAGACUCACCUGCGCAUCCACUCGGGGGAGAAGCCCUUCAAGUGUGAGACCUGUGGCUCUCGCUUCGUGCAGGUAGCUCACCUGCGGGCCCACGUCCUGAUCCACACUGGGGAGAAGCCCUACCCCUGUGACACCUGUGGGACACGCUUCAGACACUUGCAGACCCUCAAGAGCCACAUCCGCAUCCACACAGGCGAGAAGCCUUACCAGUGUGAGAAAUGCAACCUGCGCUUCCGCCACAAGAGCCAGCUGCGGCUUCACCUGCGACAGAAGCACGGCGCCAUCACCAACACCAAGAUCCGCUACAAAGUGCUUGACGGUCCGUACGCCACCCUCUGCUAAGUGGGAGAGGCACUGCUUCCCCACCCCAACCCCCCGCCAGCCGCCAAUCCACCU